UCUGGUUGUUUUUCAGGAUUUGAGCUUCACUAGAUCUAUCUAGUGAAUAGACAUGCUAUGACAUGUUCAUGUAACAGGUGAUCUUAUAAUAAACACAAUAUAUGCUAAAACAUGCUGUCAAAGGUCACUUUAGUAGUAAGAAAGAAAUGCAUUUUGCACAUGAACAAACUUGAAUGAGAAAACAAUCAAUACAGAUAAAUGCAUGAAGACACCUUUCUACCCACCUAGUUGUCUAUCUCAGAAGACAACUAGGCAUACAGGUGCAAAAUAAAUGUAAACUACAUGUGAUUGUAAACACGUCCUGAUUUUUCUGAGCUGACAUGUUCGUAGGUCAGCAUAUUUUGUUGACCAUAAAAACAACAUUUUAAUCCAAAAAUGUAGUCCUGACCAUAUUUCUACAGAUAAAUAUAACCUUACUCAUGAAUAAUCCUUAAAAUGUAAUGUAAUGAUAGAUGAAUGAUAAUGAUGUACAUGCACCAAACACUGAUUGUAGGCUUAAACAUCAUAAAAAAACUAUAAAUUGGUUAUUCACAAUGUCGUUCCAGCAUCAACAAAGAUGUUAAUCACACUCAUCAAAAACAGGUUCUACAUAUAGGCUACAUUCAUAUAAAAAUGUUUUUCACUAUUACUUUGAAGACUAGACAAAGUAUUUAAGUUAUUUCAAAUAAUUAUUCAGUGCACUUUCUUCAAAGUGUUCAUACAAGUUAUAUGGAGUAAAAGACGCAAAAAAGUUGAAGCCUUAUUAUUUUUAGCAUAAUUCAGUUUGUCCUGUGUGAAACCACAGAGAGACCAUCACAUGCGCGCACACACACACACACACACACACACACACACACACACACACACACACACACACACACACAUUAGGUAUAUAAAAAGCAACCUUCUCAUCUCUGAAAUGUCAAUGUUGCCUGGCUGUGAACACCUGGCUUCCAAUCUUCUCUCGGUAUUGCUCCAAAUAAAACAACACAGAGUUUGCUAAAAAAAAACUACAUUCUCAGCAUCUACACUUCACUAGAUCUACUAGAUCAUCUGAGGGAUCUGACUGAAUCAAGAUGCUGCUGGUCAUUCAAGCUCUUCUUAUUUUUGCUUCUCUAGGACAGGACCACAGAGCUGCUGCUGCUGUUAAGGAACAAAUAUAUCCACUGGAUAUGGCACUGAAUUCAGUUGAUGAUCAGUAUCAUGGCUGCACCAGGGAAAUGGCACAACAGGUGGAAACAAGAUAUUUUAAUAGGGAACUCAAUAACCGUAGAACUAAUUUUAAAAUAGCUUGGGAAGAGGGUGAAAAAAACAUUAAAAAUCCAGAAAAUAACUUGACGAGGAAUCAUUCAAUUGCCAUUUAUAUGUAUACUGGUGAUAAAGUAUUUCGUCUCUUCAACAACGCAACUCGUUACAGUAAACAAAACUACACAGCCGAGACAUACGAAUGGUAUUCACUUCACUUUCUGUUAACGGAAGCCAUACAGAUUCUGAAGGCAACGCAAAAUGCAUGCUAUGAUACCUAUCGUGGUACAAAUUUUAAAUACAACUUUCUCAACACAACCGUUCGUUUUGGCUCGUUCGCGUCUUCCACUUUUGUUCGUAACAAAACACGUUUUUUUGGAAAUGCAUCUUGCUUUGAAAUCAAGACGUGCCAUGGUGCCGAGGUAACAAACUAUUCAAAGCUUUCUCGUGAGAGAGAGGUGCUGAUUCCUCCAUAUGAGAUGUUCAAAGUCACUGCCGUUAGAAACAGGAUGGAUCAGCCCGAUCUCUGGUGUGAGACUGUGUAUGUGUUGAACAGCAAUGGAACAAGAAGUGACCUGAACUGUGCAUUGAUUAACAGUGUUUCUUUGUCAUAAAAUAUAAUGAAAUACAGUUAUUUUAAAUGAUUUAAGAGUGGUUUUAUUUCUUCAUUUACGUCUUUGUGCAUCUCAAAAAUGCCCAAAAAUACAACUUAAUACUAUCAUAACAUGCAAAACAUUUCCUGGUCUAGUUUAGCCUUGUUUUCUUGUGUUUUGUUCACUUGUUUAAUGACUUUUGCUUGCCUCUGUUCUCUUUGCUGCCUGUUUUGACCAUGUCUAAGAAUAAAGUCUAGCGAAUGGA